GACCUGUCUCAAAGCCAGGUCUCGGUCUCAAAUGUAAGCAUGAGACGCGACGAGUCGUCGUCGUCGCUCCAGUCGCAUUCCAGCAACGUCGGAACGGGCAACGGAAGCCAUGUGCUGGCCAAGCUUUUCCGGAAGGGUUCAGAUCGGUCGAACCCAAACGUCUCGAGCCGCGCAGGGUCUGUGAACAACACUCCGUCGGUUUCUUUGACACCCAGCUCGUCCAACCUCACGCCGCGAGUGAGCAACAGCAGCAACGCUUCCACCGCGGGGAGCACGGACUCGUCGUCGCUGCGACACCUGUCGCUCAAGAGAUUUCUGAAACCAAUCCACCGGUCCGCCAAGGCCAAGGAGCAGCAAGAACACUUGCAUCAAAUGAUCCAGCACAAGCUCAACAAGCUCAAGAUCUGCAACCACCACCACCAUCACAUCAAGGAUCAGCGGAAGAAAGAGCCGGCAUUGCCACCCCAGCCCGAUGGCCGACAGGAGGGCAUGGCUAUGCGCAAGCUGGUGGCACAGUAUGGCGAGAUUCCGGACGCUGCCGUGGAGAAGAACGUGCUGGGCGAAGGAGCAGGCGGCUCGGUCCUGAUUGUGCGUCGGCCUUCUGACGGCCAGGUAUUUGCAAUUAAGAAAUUCCGGCCCCAGUCGUCGCGUGAGUCGGACUACGAUUACCGGAAAAAGGUGAUCAACGAGUACAACUUGCUCGUGGACCUGGAUCACGAGAACAUUGUUCGUGUUUAUGAGCUCCUGAACGAACACACGUUGUACGUGAUGGUGAUGGAAUAUUGCAAGUAUGAUUUCUUUACGAUUGUCAUGGGCGGAGUGAUGUCCAAAGACGAAAUAUUCUGCUAUUUUAAGCAGAUGGCCGAAGGUGUGGUCUAUUUGCACAGUAAGGGAAUUGCUCAUCGCGACUUGAAGCUCGACAACUGCGUGGUGAGCGAGACGGGAAUACUGAAGCUGAUUGAUUUCGGUUCUGCCGCAAGGUUCAGAAUGCCCGACAGCGAUCCGGACCAGAACAUCAUCCAGGUUUCGGGCAUUGUUGGGUCAGACCCGUAUCUGGCCCCAGAGUGUCUGUCGAUGAGCUCGUAUGACCCGCGGCCGGCCGACGUGUGGUCGUUGGCCAUUAUGUUCUGCUGCAUGGUCCUGAGACGGUUCCCAUGGAAAAUACCAAAGACGACAGACUCGUCUUACCGGGCAUUUGUAAGCGAAUCAGGGGACGACGGCAAGUCUUCGUCGGGCUCCAGCCGGCUGUUGAAGCUGCUGCCAGCAGCCUCGCGGCCGCUGAUUGGCGGCAUGCUCACUGUGGCCGCCAACAAACGGACCACGAUGGACCAGCUGCAACGGGAUUCGUUUUUCUACGGAAUUGACUGGUGUCACGGUUCUAUUAAGGGCGACCAUACACAUCAUCUAAUCACAGAAAAGGACCUGGAGAGAAUCGAAGCCGAGCGCAAAAAACAGAGCGAGAUGGCCAAGAAGAUGGGCUGAUCACCACCCGUGGUCGUACAGCAUGGACACAGACUCUCCAUUAUUUAUUCUGCGGAUUGCCUCGGACAAGAUUCUUGACACGUCCAAAAUGACCAUCUCUUUGGCGUCCAGCUCCGCCACGUGUGCGGCCUGGUCCACCGAGUUGGUGGUAAUGAUUUUGUCAAUUUGCGACUCUUUGAGCUUCCGCAUGGCCUCGCCGCUGAAGAUGCCGUGCGUGAUCAGCGCAUACACGUAUUUGGCGCCCUGGUCUUUGAGCAGGCUGGCCGCGCGCGUGAUAGUGUUGGAAGUGUCUGCCAGAUCGUCCACCACCACACAGACUUUGUCGUGGACGUCUCCGACAAGCAUCGUCGUGGCGACAUACUGCUGGUCAUCCGCAGGCUGGCCAUUGGGUGCGCUGGCCGGAGAGUUGCGGCCUGGGAACCCUGGAGUUGCGAAGCUGACACUGUUUAAGCUCGAUGUGGACGGGUUGGAGUGCACCAUCAGCUCCGAUUGCGCUGUGUCCACCUUCUGCCGGCGCUCUUUGUGGAUCAGGGCGAACGGCAUGCACAGCGUAUCUGCUAGGGCAGCAGCACGCUUCGCUCCACCAGAGUCUGGCGACACUAUCACGCAGUCUUUAUAAUUUGGCACGUAGUUCGUAAUAUAGUGUUGGAAUAAGGGUUUUGAAAGCAGGUUGUCGACAGGGAUGUCGAAAAAGCCCUGGAACUGGGCAUCAUGCAGAUCCAUUGUGAUUAUAUGGUUGGCACCGGCCGAGGUGAGCAGGUUCGCAAUCAAGGUGCCGCUCUGGGCUAUCCAGGAACGGUAUCCCGUUGGAUUGGCGAUCGAGGCUUCGUUGGUGCGCAGUGUUUUGAGUGACGAGCCAGUGCUGACAGACCGGUGGCUGAGCACGUUCUUCGGGCUCGGAUCGCGGACAUUGGCCCUCGACGGCAGUCUAGGCGACUGCGGAACGCUGUCGGGAACUUUUGACCCUCUGUGCUGGGCCCCUCCAGGAACACCUCGUUUACUGGCCUGAGACUCGACUUGACGCGAAUAGAAGAAAAGCGGACACACAACGGUUAUCCUUUUUGCGGAGGCCAUCUUGCAUGCCGAAAUCAUAAUCAGGAGCUGCAUAAAAAGGUCGUUAACGUGGCCUGCGCCCGACUGGACAAUAAAAACGUCUUUUUCCCUCACGGAGUCGCCAAAGUGCACUGAGGUUUCGCCGUUGGCAAACUUUUUGAGCUCAACCUUGCCCGGCGGCAGGCCGAGAUUGCGGCAGAUCCGGUCGGUAAGCUCUGGAUUGGAGGAUCCAGAGAAGACGAUAAUGUCA